UGUCACCUGGUGACGUGUCAGUUUGUUUACAGCGGUCCUCCCUGCGCUGCAGCUGCACAGACAUGGCUGUGGAUAUCACUUUACUUUUCAAAGCCAGUGUCAAGACAGUGAAAACGAGGAACAAGGCGAUAGGAAUAGGCUUUGACUCCACCAAAGAUGAGAUAUUCAAGAGGAGCAGACCCAAGAGUGGCUUCUCUCCGAAGGCCAAAGAAGUGAUCACGAACAUCACCAAGCUCAAAGACUUUCUGCUACAACACAGGAAAGAUUAUGUGAGCGCUGGAAGUCUCAUCUCAUCAGAUCUUACCCGGAUGACGGACAAUGAACGAGACCAGAUAGACCAGGAUGCUCAGAUCUUCAUGAGGACCUGCUCUGAGGCCAUCAAGCAGCUACGCAAUGAAGCAGAGAAGCAGGUGACAUCAGCCCAGGUGAAGGAGCACAGAGGGGCAGUACUGGACCUCAUUGAAACAUAUCUGAAAGGAGUGUGUAAGCUGUACUCUGAGCAGAGAGCAAUCAGAGUCAAGAGGAUGGUGGACAAGAAGAGGCUGUCAAGACUGGCACCGGAGCACCACAGUAAGGUGGAGAAAACACCAGAGGUGGAGCCCACGGAGGAGAAGACUGUCAAGGAGGAGAGUUCUGAGAAGAGUGUGUCAGAGGUCCCGAACAACCACAUCAACCUGUGGGAGGAGGGCAGGGUGGAGGAUGAGCUCUCUCCAGAGGAGAUCCAGAUGUUUGAACAGGAGAACCAGAGGUUGGUGAGUGAGAUGAACAACCUGGUGGAUGAAGUGAAGCAAAUCGAGGGGAAGGUGGUGGAGAUCUCUCGACUGCAGGAGAUCUUUGCUGAGAAAGUCCUGCAACAAGAAACGGAGAUAGACAGUAUUCAUCAGCUGGUUGUUGGCGCCACAGAAAAUGUCAAAGAAGGCAAUGAGGAUAUACGAGAGGCAAUCAAAAACAACGCUGGCUUCCGCGUAUGGAUCCUGUUCUUCCUGGUCAUGUGCUCUUUCUCCCUCCUCUUCCUGGACUGGUACGACAGCUAACACAACUAGCCGGCAUUGACUCUCUAUAUAAACAACAGGAAACCGUCUGGCUCUGGCUCAUAUUGGUUAUCUCAUAAGGACGUGAUGGCAACACUAAGACUGUCUGUGCAGUUAACCACGCUGGACCUGGUGUACAAAGUGUUGUUCAUGAAGAUUCUGUGUUGAAGUGAAGAUGGCGUUCCAGUCUUGCCUGAUGCUAACUGUCUAUUAAUGUUUGUCCAGGGCAGCUUCAAUGUGUAAAAGCACUUCUAUGGAGGCGAGCUUUGUGUGCAGCACUGUAUCCACUUCACGUGUGUGUAUGGUUGGACAGUGAGUUUCUCUCCACCGCUAAAAGCAGGUUUGAUUGGCAGUAACUUUUCUUGUCUGGCUGACUGAAAAAAACUCUGUUGAAACAGACACGAGGAUACUGUACAGGCUGACAUCACGUUCACUCGCUGUCUCACGUAGAUGAUUUAAAUAGGUUAUAAACUUGUGUACCUCAAUGACAUAUGAAUUAUGCUUCACUGUCAGAUGCUGUUGACUUGUGAUUUCCAGGCAAUUAUGAGCAACAGAGCAAUUUAUUUGAUAUCUAUCACGGCAAAACUGUCCUGACACACCACUCACAUUUAGUAAAACUAAACAAUAGUCUUAAUUAAA